GGAUGACCUCAUUCAGGAGCAGACUGAAAGGGAGGGGAAGAAAGAGGGAGAGAAAAAGGAAGCAGUCUGCUAUACAUUUUUUUUCUCCACACACAAACUUUCAAAAAGAGAAAAGACUAUAAGAAAGCCGGUGAGGAUCAACCGAUUGGGAAUGAGAGCGAGAGAUAAAGAAAUAGGGAGGAAUAACACUAACCUGACACUGAGUAUACUGCACAACUGAUGAGAACAUCAAAUAGUACGUGUUUGAGGCCUUGGGGCCUUCAUUGACCAAGGAGGGAGAGCAGGUGGGCACUUCUGGUCCUGGAGGGUUGCAGUGUGUGCAGGCUUUUAUUCCAACCCUCAGAGCCCUGACAGAGAGAGAGAGAGCAUGUCUUCUAACUUGGACUCCAGUCUAACCAGCAUAGACUGGCUCCCCCAGCUGGGAAUCAGCUCACUGCGAUCAGGAAGAGAGAGAGGAGGAGAAGAGGGGGAGAGAAAGAAAGAGAGAGGGAGGGAGAGAAGUGAUCUUCCUCCAUCCAUCCCUGUCCCCUUUCCUUCCUCUGGAUCCAAAGCCAAGCCACCUCACAGCUAUGCCACCCUCAUCGCCAUGGCGAUUGGUGCCGCCCCCAGCAGGAAGUUGAGUUUGAAUGACAUCUACAUGUGGAUCAGUGACAUGUUCCCCUACUACAGCAGAUCUGCCAGGGGAUGGAAGAACUCCAUCCGCCAUAACCUGUCCCUCAAUAAAUGCUUCCGGAAGGUUCCUCGACCCCAAAGUGACCCUGGGAAGGGUUCCUAUUGGAUGAUGGACGGCUCCUCAGAGCCCAAUCCGCUGAGAGGAACCAAGCGUCCGUAUCCAUCUGAAGAGGAGGAGGGGUCCAUCCAGGUCCCCAAUGUCUCAGUGAUGCAGGCAGAGAAACAGCAUUCACCCCAGACAGACCAUUAUAGGCCUUUAGCAUCUCCACAGACAGACCAUUAUAGGCCUUUAGCAUCGCCACAGACAGACCAUUAUAGGCCUUUAGCAUCUCCACAGACAGACCAUUAUAGGCCUUUAGCAUCUCCACAGACAGACCAUUAUAGGUCUUUAGCAUCUCCACAGGAACCCAGUCAACAACUAUCCCCCCCACCAUGCAAGGUAGAGUAAGUUCAGUCCCAACAAAUAGAUACAGAUCAUGGGUUUUACAACCAAAUAAUAAGCUGUUGUUGUCUAUCACCUUGGUUCCACAGCAACGGCCACCCUAUAUGCAGUCCCCUGUCUCCUCUCUCCCUGUCCCCCAUGAGACUGUCUCCCCAUCUACUGCCUCUGCCACUCUCCCUUCUCUUUCUAUCCCUCAUUCUCUCCCCUCUCUUUCUGUUCCUCAUUCUCUCCCCU